AUGGACGGCCUGCGCCAGCGCUUCGAGCACUUUCUGGAACAAAGGAACUUGGCCGCCGAAGCGCUAAGGGCGCUCGAAGCCAAGACAGGUGUCGACAAGCGGUACUUAGCCACGGGAGCCGCCACUCUGCUAAGCCUGUAUCUUCUGUUCGGCUUCGGGGCGUCUCUACUGUGCAAUGUAAUCGGAUUUGUGUACCCAGCAUAUGCUUCAAUCAAAGCUAUCGAGAGCCCAAGCAAAGAAGACGACACUGUGUGGCUCACCUACUGGGUGGUGUAUGGACUGUUCGGGCUGGCCGAGUUCUUCAGCGACCUACUCCUGUCCUGGUUCCCUUUCUACUACGCGGGCAAGGUUCCGGAGACUAGGGUUCAGCCCGUCACUGUGUGCGUACCUUCAUCUGGAGCAGAUGUGGCCAAGCUGUACCCCAAAGUGGUCCCGCCAGUGCCCCCUGUGACCCGCAUGUAA